UUGCACGCUCCCAUCCAUCCAGCUCGCGACCAGAGCAGCGACAGCGAGAGAGAGAAGCAACGGAGAGAGGGGCCAGCUCAAGAGGAAGGAAGCAAGCAAGAAGGAAACAAGGAAGGAAGCAAGCAAGCAAUCGGAGCGAUGGAGCACGGGUACCCCUGCAACGGCUGCGGCAAGGAGAAGCGGCCGCCGCUCAAGAGGGGCCAGCUCAAGCUGCAGAUCGCCAGGACCCUGCUCGGCAGCCUCGCGGCGCCGGUCGCCAAGAACCGGGACCGCGGCUUCGGGAGAUAGAUAGGCCGUGCCGUGGUAGCAGUAGUAGAGUAGUAGUUAGCUGAGGACAUGCGUCGGCCGACUGGUGGACUGUGCCGUCUGUGCUUUUGUUCUUCCUCUUCUUCUUUUAAGAAAGAGCGUGUUGCCGUCAGGUUUUGCUCUGUUCUUUCUCCUUCCGCAGGCCUCUUGCUCACCUUCUUCAGCCGCCUCUCUUGGUUGGCUGGCUCGUACUAGAACGGAAACGCCAGGCAGCUUAAGAGCCCUGUUCCUCCUGAAUGAAGCAACGCACGCACGUAGAGCGAGAAAGCAACACAACCGUCCGGAAACAUCUUGUGUUUUUCUAUGUAGUAUCCUCUUGAACAAAAGGAGACGCCACCAGAGCAUUCGAUU